AUGCCUCAGCGGCCCAUGUCGUCACAGAGCCAAAAGAGGUUCAGUCGCAUACUCGAGAUAAAGGACACUUUUUCUCCAGAGCAUAUCAUUCCGUUGUUUCAGAGUCAGACCCCUUCGAAACUCAACGUUGUCAAUGAGCAACCAGACAUACAGUAUCCCGAUUUGGCCUCAAGGCCGCAAUCCGACCUCGAAUCUAGUGUUAGUGGGAUUCCUGUUGAACUGCAGCAAGGAAAUUCGAUCGUCGGCACGGCCUGUUUGGAGUCCAAUUUCGGCAAUAGUCAGAUUACCAUUCAUGACAGGUCGACGGUCGAAUCACUCCUAGACAGACAUAUCGAAUGCUUGGGUCUGGAUGACGAUGGAUUCAGUCGAUUCGAGGCACAAAGCGACUCGGGCCUCUCUGACGCUGCUGGUUGUAGCAGUGCAGAAAGCACUAUAAAGAUAUCCACCAUUGUCAGAGAGCUACAGUCGCACUCGAAGCUGAGACCAGCAACCUCAAGCUCCUUUCGACAUUCGAGUCUCGCCAGUUCUGAGAGGCGUAGGCUUGUGCCGCGACGCCUAUUUGCCAGCAUGGACUCGGGAGUAUCACCCCAGGCAACCUACGAGGACCUACGAGACACAUCCGGAAUAAGCUUGUCAUUCGCUGCCACGAUGCUUAGACAACUGUCCUCAGGCUGGCAGACACUUCCUUCAUCGAGUGAGCCGAUGUUGGUCCGGUCGGCAACCAAAGCUUCCUUGACAUCAGGCAACAUGGGGGACAUCGACACGGACCCACCCCAGACAAGAUUCAAGAUCAGACCUCUUUCAGAACGGGGCACAAGCUUGUCAGAAACCAGCAAAAUCUGGGACGAUGGAGAGACUUUGCAGCCGCCUCAAACGUAUAUCAAACACCGCCGGUCGAAAAGUGAUGUCCUAGCCAGGCAUGCGUCCCACCAAAGAAGGCGAAUGCGAAUACUGUUGAAAGCCAAACGAAAAUCCACCAGUCUCGGUCAAAUCAUUGACAUCAACCGCAGUGAACAGCAUUUGCAAGACCCUAGACACGGUGACAAUUGGACAACCGAGAAUUCGCCUGAAGAUGUCGCCCCAAAGUCACCAGUCGCAGGCUGCGUGGAAUUGAGUGCCGAGUCGAUUGUUGUGCAUCCUCCCACGACAGCGUUAUCAUCGAGUCUGUCAGUUUCCAACUCGGUUCCCAAAAGAUGGACUAGCAUGCUAGCUUCCAUGCCUGAGCCUGUCAAGAGAGGAAUCGAUAUUGUUCGCAAGGCAUCCGUACGCACCGUACAUUCCCACCGAAGCAAUGCCAGUGUGAUUGAACCUUUGAACAGCACGCGAAUGAGCUCUCAGACACCUCGACUGGGUCCUGUUCCCCAGCUUGCACCACCAGAAUUUGGCCCGCCACUAACGUCGUCCGAUCUCAAUCUCAGCCUCCAACUUCCAAAUCCGCCUCAAACAUCCCGGCCGCCUUUGCGUCACGUUCAAAGUUUCUUCUCUGAUGACAGCUCAGCUCAAACAUCGAGAUUGCAAGGCAAGAAACGAUUCGACCUUCAUAGCCUGAAAACUGGAUUGACAAGGUCAUCCGGAAUGUUAGGGGCCAAGCACAGUGGUGGGCAACAUGUCAACGGUGUGGAGUUGAGCCAUUCGUGCCAAAUGAAGGGUCAGCGAUCCUUUGAAUAUCCUCAUUCGCCAUUGGGAGAUACUGUUCCCAUGACGGAUUUCGCGUACAAAAAGCGUAAGGUGCUGGACAGGUUCAAGGAAUGGUGGAAGAGACAAUGCAUGCAGAAGACUUUGUCCAUGAUGAGGAAGAAGAACAACAGAAAUGUGCGCAACGGAGCUCUUGUAUAG